AUGGUGCUGCAGGCUGCGGUUGCGGAUGCGAUUUGUGCCGCGGUUGCGAAGUACCCGCUGCUGCACGAUGCUCGCGUGGACCCCAUGCCAUACGGCACAUCGGGGUUCCGUACAAUUGGCACGUUAUUGCCCCCAGUGGCCUCUCGUGUUGUUUAUGUUGCGGUCCUUCGAGUGUGGUGGGCCAUCAAAAAAGGGAAUUUUGGCGGGUUGAACGGUUGCUCGGUUGGCUGCAUGGUCACGGCGUCUCAUAACCCUUGUGGGGACAAUGGUCUUAAGCUGAUUGAUGUGGAUGGUGGCAUGCUGGAGACUUCAUGGGAGACCACAUGCACUCAGGCGGCCAACGCCUCCACAGGUGAGGAACUUUUGAAAGUUUUGAAUGAUUGUAUCAAUUUGCACGGCCUUGAACAACCAAAACCGGAGGAUGUGAAGAUUCGCUGCCCGUUUGGUGCGGUUCACCUAUCGAGGGAUACACGCCCAACAGGUGUGGACAUUUUGAGCGCCAUAUUUUCCUCUUUACAGGCGAUCGGUGUGACCUAUGCUGAUCAUGGUGUGCUUACUACUCCUCAGUUGCACUAUUUGGUUGGACGAGCAAACAGGGAGCAACUUACGGGGCCUGGAGCAAUGAAACCCGCUGACUUCACCUCGGCGCUAUACGCAAAAGAGGUUUUUGGUUCAUUAGGGGAGUUGCUGCGGUUUGUGACGGAGGGAAAUGGGGGUACAAAUCCGCGGCAACGGCAAAAGAUUGUGAUCGACGCCGCCAGUGGCGUUGGUGCUGUUGCCCUCAAGUCACUUCUCAAAUGUGCUCAGGAGGUGACCUCAGGUGUCUUCGAGGAGUUCUUUGACGUGACUGUUCUACAUGAUAACGUCGACGAUAUCAACGCCCUCAACUACAUGUGUGGUGCUGACUACACUCAGAAGGCACAAUACCCUUCGAACGAUACGAAGGAAUGGGCUGCGGCUUAUGAAAAACGAAGAUCAGAUAAGAAUGAGGAGGUGCAUUACUACUCCCUCGAUGGGGAUGCCGACCGUGUUGUGGCUUUUUUUCACGACAGGGAAACUGGCGAGGAUGUUUGGCGUCUACUAGACGGGGACCGUAUUUCCAUUCUUUACGCGCUUUCCGUCCGUGAGUGGAUUGGUGGUGAGGCACUGAAGUUGUUGGACGUUGGAGUGGUACAAACGGCGUACGCCAACGGCGCAUCGACAGACUACAUCCAACGUGGGCUUGGGCUGCGGACAUAUUCAUCCCAAACUGGAGUGAAAAACCUACAUCCGAUAGCACAUAAAUGCGACAUUGGUGCGUACUUUGAAUCCAACGGCCACGGUACUAUUCUUCUUAAUGGGGAUGCGAUUGACGCGAAGGUCCCCUCCCUUCCAUCGAAAACACGACACGUGCUUUCACUGCUCCCAAGGCUCAUUUCUCAAGUUUGCGGGGAUGCGAUUGCCAACGUCUUUGCUUGCGAAUUGAUACUGUUGGCUCACAAAAUGAGCUUCGACUCGUGGCUCCGUUUGUACACUGACAUCCCAUCGACUCAGCUUAAAGUGAAAGUGAAGAAUCCCAAAGUGAUAACAAACACACAAGAUGAAAGACGGGCCCUAACUCCACCAGGGUUGCAGGAGGCCAUUGACGCCGCGGUUGCGGCUGCCAAUGAAGCAACUCCCUCAUCUGCAACGGUUGCAAGGGCGUUUGCGCGUCCCAGUGGCACUGAGCCUAUUGUGCGUGUGUAUGCAGAGGCCGCAACUCACGCUGUAUCCUCUAAGCUUGCCAACGACGUGGAGGAAAUUGUGAGGCGUUUCUGCGGUGGAGCGUAG